AUGGCCUUUGACCACUUCUUGACUCUCUUCCUCGCUUUGGCAUAUUUCCCUUACCUUUGUCGCUCCAGUCUACUCCUUCCAGAGACUAAAGAGACUCCGGCUCAUGAUGAACCCGCCGGAUUCGAUCGCGUCGUCUCCCCCACCGUGUUUGCAGCCCUGGAAGAACUCGCCCGUAUAGUCGAUGUAUCCUACUGCGUUGGGAGCACGGGGAUUCAGAAGCCCUUCGAAUGCUUGAGUCAUUGCGAUGAGCUCCGGGGUUUCGAGUUGAUCGCCUCGUGGAAUACGGGCCCGUUACUCUCGGACUCCUGUGGCUACGUCGCGCUCUCCCACCCCCCUUCCCCGAAACGCAUCGUGGUGGCUUUCCGCGGCACAUAUUCCGUGGCAAACACGAUCGUCGACUUGUCGGCCUACCCGCAGGUCUACGUUCCCUACGACGUCGAAGAUGGACCCGGCGGCGAGCAGCCCGCGCGCUGUCGGAACUGUACGGUCCAUGCCGGGUUCAUGACCUCGUGGCGGAACACUCGCGCGACCGUUCUGCGGCAUGUCGCCGCCGCCAGAGAACAAUUCCCGGGAUACAAGUUGGUCCUGGUCGGCCACUCGCUGGGCGGGGCUGUGGCCGCGCUGGCUGGACUUGAGAUGCGAUUGCGUGGCUGGGACCCGCAUGUGACCACUUUUGGCGAGCCCAAGGUCGGGAACGGGGACUUUGUCCGUUUCCUCGACGCCACCUUUGGCUUCCUCGACGCCGACCCGGGCUCUGAUGAUCGACGGUGGAGAUUUCGCAGAGUCACACACGUCCAUGAUCCCGUGCCUCUCUUGCCUCUGGCGGAAUGGGGGUACGAGAUGCACUCCGGGGAGAUCUUUAUCUCGAAAGUGCGCCUGUCGCCGUCCGCUUCGGACGUGUCUCUCUGUAAGGGCCGCAACGAUAGUCGGUGUAUAUCCGGAUCACGGGAUGCGCAGGAAUUCGCGCUGCGUGAGGUGAGGUCCCUUCUCACGGAUAGCAGACGGCCGCCGGACUGGACGAAUCCGCCCGUGGCGCCUCCUAGUUUUCAUGAACAGCAACAGUCGCCGCUUCACUGGCCGUGGGAUCGCAUCCCCGUUCGAUACCGGUUAUGGGAGCUUUUCUUCGCCCACCGGGACUACUUCUGGCGCUUGGGUCUUUGUGUUCCUGGUGGGGAUCCGACUGGCAAGGAAUAGACCUCUUUCUACCUACUUUCACUCCGUACCCAAAUGCUCAUCUCAGGUAGACGUAUCAUGCGCUAUGAUGUAAAAGGACCAGCAAGAUUGUCCCGCUCUCUUUUGCGGUCAGCAUCAUGUGAAGAGAUAAUGGAAGCAAGGCACGAAUUACGUCGAUCGAGAUUUCCAGGAAGAAUGCAAGGGCGUUCUCCACUAGCCUGCAUGACUGCACAUACAAAGUAUGUAUAUAAAGUCGCCUUCAAACUGGCGGUGUCGCUUCAUUAGUCAAACAGGUCAGAUGCAUGGGGCAAACGCGCUUAGCCUUUUAAGACGGAAUUUAACGGGGUGGACCAAAAAAAAAAAAAAAAAAGAUGGG